UCCACGUCCCCAACAUGGCGUCCCCCAUUUAAGAAGCGGCAGUAGUUUCUACUCAGGUGGCCAGGGGCAGUGCUGAGCUUGGGCUCUUGUGUGUGUAGCCUGAAGUGCUGAAAGCUGUAGUUAAAGUUCGUUUCUAGUCACGGUUCCAGGAACUCUCCCUUCUUUCAGGGUCAGGAGUUGCCGGUUCCUUCUAGUUCCUGCAAGUUCUUCCUCUGCCCCUGGUUUGUUCCCUGCGCCACCUCCGGACACCCCCCAAAUCCCUGACACUCCCAGACUCAAACUAUGAGCCUUCGGCGGCUGCUGUUGCGCUUACCCCGUUAUCUCGGGGUCUCGGGUUCCCCGCGACGCUUGUGGUGGUCCCCGUUCCUCGAUACCAUCUCUUCGGUGGGCUCCUGGCGUGGUCAGUCCUCCAGGUCCCCGGCCCACUGGAACCAAGUAGUGUCAGAGGCGGAGAAGAUCGUGGGCUAUCCCACGUCCUUCAUGAGCCUCCGCUGCCUGCUCAGCGACGAACUCAGCAACAUCGCUAUGCAGGUGCGGAAGUUGGUGGGGACUCAACACCCUCUGCUUACCACGGCCAGGGGGCUUGUACAUGAGAGCCGGCAUAACCUCCAGUUGAGGGGCUUGGUGGUGUUACUUAUUUCUAAAGCAGCUGGGCCCAGCAGCAUGAAUGCAUCAUGUCAGAACUAUGAUAUGGUCAGUGGGAUCUAUUCAUGUCAAAGAAGUUUGGCAGAGAUCACAGAACUUAUCCACACUGCUCUCCUCGUACAUCGUGGGAUAGUAAAUUUAAGUGAAUUGCAAUCCUCUGAUGGACCACUGAAAGACAUGCAAUUUGGAAAUAAAAUAGCUAUCCUGAGUGGAGACUUUCUUCUAGCAAAUGCCUGCAACGGACUAGCUCUGCUACAGAACACCAAGGUCGUGGAACUUUUAGCAAGUGCUCUUAUGGACUUGGUGCAGGGAGUAUACCAUGAAAAUUCUACUUCAGCAAAGGAAAAUCAUAUCACAGAAGAUAUUGGAAUAUCAACUUGGAAGGAACAGACUUUUCUCUCCCAUGGUGCCUUAUUAGCAAAGAGCUGCCAGGCUGCAAUGGAAUUAGCAAAGCAUGAUGCUGACGUUCAGGAUAUGGCAUUUCAGUAUGGGAAGCACAUGGCCAUGAGUCAUAAGAUAAAUUCUGACCUCCAACCUUUUAUUAAGGAAAAGACCAGUGACUCCAUAACUUUUAAUCUCAACUCAGCUCCUGUGGUCUUACAUCAGGAGUUUCUUGGAAGAGACUUGUGGAUUAAGCAGAUCAGAGAGGCUCAAGAGAAGGGAAGAUUAGACUAUGCUAAGUUGCGAGAAACAAUCAAAGCUGGCAAAGGUGUGACUUCAGCUAUUGACCUGUGUCGUUACCAUGGAAACAAGGCACUGGAGGCCCUGGAGAGCUUUCCUCCCUCGGAGGCCAGAUCUGCUUUAGAAAACAUUGUGUUUGCUGUGACCAGAUUUUCGUGACACCAAAUUAAAAAGACACUAUUGUUCGUUAGCUGAAAAAAAACUGGGGAAUGAGGUGAUCGAGAGAGCUUUCAUGAUGAAAUAACUAAAUGUGUUAAUGACUUUAAAAACAUAAUACAUUUUUUCCUUCCUUUUAUCACAUUGCUAAAUGAAUACUGCCUUCUUUUUGGAACUGCUACAAACAAAAUUAGAAGAAAAAAAGGUCAAGCAGUUUUCACUUGUCACGCCAGAAGCACACUUGAGGCUGCAGUAGCAGAAAUAAUUAAUGAGAUUCGCUCCUGUGA